AGACCAGAUAAUCAAAAUAUUCCGACCCAGGAAACUCCUUGAUCACGAUUUUUUCAUUCAUCCAACAAAACUUUCCCAAUCAGAUUCAAUUCUUCAUCGAUCAAUCUUCUGAUUCACGUACUAAUCAAAAUUUGAAGAACCUUACAUCAAAAUGUCGUCCCUUGCAGCGGCUAGAGCAGAUAACUUUUACUUUCCUCCAGAAUGGGAUCCAAGCCAGGGUUCUCUGAACAAGUUUCAUGGUCAACAUGCCUUGAGAGAGAGAGCAAGGAAGUUAGAUCAGGGUAUCUUGAUUAUAAGGUUUGAGAUGCCUUACAAUAUAUGGUGCGGAGGAUGCAAUUCUAUGAUUGCAAAGGGUGUCCGGUUCAAUGCAGAGAAGAAGCAAGUUGGGAAUUACUACUCUACAAAGAUAUGGAGCUUUACCAUGAAAGCUGCGUGCUGUAGACAGGAGAUCACCAUUCAAACUGAUCCAAAGAACUGUGAGUAUGUGAUCAUCGGUGGGGCUCAGAAAAAAACAGAGGAUUUUGAUGUUGAGGAUGCAGAAACUUUUGAGUUACCUGCUGAUGAAGAGAGAGGGAAGCUUGCUGAUCCAUUUUACCGCCUUGAACACCAGGAGGAAGAUUUGAAAAAAAAGAAACAAGCUGAACCAGUGCUUGUGCGUCUCCAGCGAAUGUCUGAUGCCAGACAUUCGGACGACUAUGCCCUAAAUAAAAGUCUCCGGGCCAAACUUAGAAGUCAAAAGAAAAGAGUUGCUGAAGAAGAAGCCGCUUCCAGGAAAAGGGGCCUUGGGAUUCGACUGCUUCCAGCUUCAGACCAAGAUGCUGCCGCAGCAGCAAAAGUGAAGUUUUCUAGUAAGUUUGACAGAAAUAGGAAGGACAAGCGGGCAUUGAUAAAUGCUGCCCCUAUAUUCCCAGGAUUGUCUGUCUCAUCCAUGUCUGGUAAGAGAAGGCUGGAACUAGAGUCUAAAAGAAGAAAAAUUUCUGCAAGCACAGCAUCUAGCCUUUUGGCUGGAGGAUAUAAACCAUCAUCUUGGUCACAGGGUGCUGUUUUGCCAGGCAGGCAAAAGGGAGCUUCUGUGAAUGCAAGACACUAGAAAGCUUAAAAAUGUCCUCAAAAUUGGUCAGUCACCGUUGAUUUUGGCUUAUUGACUCUUGAGUUGUACAUAGAAAUUGCUUGAUAAGGUUCUUUGUGAUGCAGUUGGUUUGGGAGCUUAAUAUAGAAUUAUAGAUGGAAGUAUAUGUAAUAAUGUUGUAUUCUAUAAUGUAAGUCAUAUAUAAUGUGUGAUGGAAGUGUUUAAUUUCAACUUCAACGAAGUUGAAUUCUUAGUCAUUUGUUGGUUAGAUGGAAAAGUUCCCUAUUCAUGAGACUAGAUUGUGUCCGGUUCUCUAUAACCGAAAUCUUCAUAAUUCAUUUCGAUUUGAUGAAGAGUCCUUGAGUAAUUAGUAUCAUAAGAUUCCAGCAAAGAUUCUGUCUUUGCUGGGCGAUGAAAACUUGCAUUGGUAAUUUGUUGUAAGGUCAGAGUAUACCGUUAAAGUUUAUGCCUAUAGAAAACAAUUUUUAAA